UCAUUUUAAGGGGGUUUUUCUAAAGAGCGUAAGAGAAAGGAGAACAAAAAAUGGCAGCAAGAUACAGAGCAACAUCAACACUGCCAUAUCUAAUGAGAACACUAGGUAGUAAAGAAUCGAAGAAGCCAGCUUAUAGGGGAACCCUUCCUUCUCUUAGACGUGCUUUCUCUCUUUACGAUCAAAUCAAUUUAAUUGACAAUGUUCCUGAUGAUCAAUUGCGUUUUCAAGGGUAUACUGAUACGGGGUUUACUGUAAAUGGAGCUAAUUAUGAAGGUAGUUUAAUUGCAAUCGGGAAUUUAAUUCUAUCUUGGAGCCCUAAACGAAUCUCUGAUGUUACCGCAGAUAGUUUGGCGAUGUUCCAACUUAUCCGGCCAAUACCAGAGAUUUUGCUUCUUGGUACUGGAAGACAAGUUCAACAUGUAGAUCCUGAACUUAGACGCUUUAUUCGGUCCACCGGGAUGAAGUUGGAAGCAAUUGAUUCGAGAAAUGCUGCAUCAACUUUCAACAUAUUGAACGAGGAAGGUAGGAUCGUGGCAGCUGCUCUUCUUCCUUACGGAGUUUCUUCCUGAAAAGGUUCCUGUCCGAGGAUCAAAGAGGCACACAGUUCGUGAAUUAUGAGCAAAUCUUCUGCAUACACAGCUUGUUGGUUAGAUGCCAAAUAAAUUUUGCAGUUUCACUGACAAGAGCAUUAAUGUGGCAUAGUUGUUCUCUUUUUUGGUUGUUUGUGGUGUAUGUCUGAACAGAAACUUGUAAAUUCAAUUACCCUUGUUUUCAACUUGGUCAGUAGUUGGAGUUUUGGCUGCACAUUUUGUCUGUACUCAGUUGGUUCUGUCAUGCAGCCUGUGCUCAUGUUUGAAAUAUUACAAUUAACUUGCAAACAAAUACUUAAUUCCAACGGGUCAGUAUUGCCUUA